AAGGAAAAAAAUGCUACGGGGCAGAUCAAAUCGAGGCAGGAAGUAGCUCAGCCCCCCGGAGUGGACUGGCCGGAGCGGACGGGAGCAGGAUGGAGUGGACGACGGUGGAGACGGCUGACGGGGCCAAGCUGAGCGUGCGGCUCUUCAAGCCGGCGGCGCCGGUGGAGGACGCGGAGGACGUGGCGGUGGUGCUCGUGCACCCCUACACGAUCCUCGGCGGCGUGCAGGGCCUGCUGCGCGGCAUGGCCCAGGGCCUCGCGGAGCGGGGCCACCGCGCCGUCACCUUCGACAUGCGCGGCGCCGGGCGCUCCACCGGCCGCGCCUCGCUCACGGGCUCCAGCGAGGUCAGGGACGUCGUCGCCGUCUGCCGCUGGGUCGCCGACACCCUCAAGCCGCGCGCCGUCCUCCUCGUCGGCUCCUCCGCCGGAGCACCAAUUGCGGGAUCUGCAGUUGAUAAGGUUGACCAGGUGGUUGGCUAUGUUAGCAUCGGGUACCCAUUUGGUUUAUUGGCCUCAAUCCUAUUCGGCAGACAUCAUGAUGCUAUCCUCAAGUCUGAGAAACCAAAGUUAUUCAUCAUGGGAACCAAAGAUGGCUUUACGAGCGUAAAGCAGCUGCAAAACAAGCUCAAGUCUGCUGCUGGACGGGUUGAUACACACUUGAUUGAAGGAGCCGGUCACUUCCAAAUGGAAGGUCCUGCUUUUGAUGCCCAGAUGGUAGAUCUCAUUGUCAAUUUUAUCAAAUCUUUGCCCAAAUAGUGUACUGUAACUGUGUGAAAGUGCUCAAAGCGUGUAGUGAUGAACAUCGAAAACAUACGAUUUGGAUAGUGCCUUCAUGGUCUGUAUUUUCUCGUGUUGUAUUGUACAUUGGGUGUUGUGUUCGAGAUAGUAAUCAAAUCUUAGUCUCCAUUUCAUAUGA